AUGUCCAAGAGCAAGAGCAACGGGUACACAUCCGACACAAACACCGAUAUCGUUGUAAACCUCGACACGGUAUCCGUCACGCGGCAGCGCGCGCCCUGGACUAGCUGGAACAAGGUCAAGCAGUCCGGCGUCCCGCGCGCGAAUCUCGCAGUUACUGAGGUCUCGCCCGAUGGCGCCAUAGAGCCGCAGGGCUACACGAAAGAACACAUCCAGAAGACCGUCCUUCAGCAACACGUUGACUUUUUUGACCUGAACCGUGAUGGCGUCAUCACCCCGCUCGAGACCUACAUCAGCCUUCGGCUCCUCCAGUGGGGCAUCCUACUCUCACUUAUCGCAACAGUCGUCAUUCACGGUGGUCUCUCUUGGUUCUCGCUUCCUCCGGAGCACUGGCUCCCCGACCCACUUUUCCGCGUGUAUGUCAGGGGUAUCAACGGCGCCAAGCAUGGCAGUGACACUGGCACAUACGACCACGAAGGCCGAUUCCGUCCUCAGCAGUUCGGGGACUUCUUCGCAAAGUAUGGGAUGAACAUGGGCGAUGGCAGUUGGGGGAUCACUUAUGUCCAGACGCUCAAGGGCGUGCAUGGGCAGAGGUGUGUCAUGGAUCUGUUUGGAUGGUUUGCGGAGCUCUUUGAGUGGACCGCGACGUACCUGACCAUUUGGCCCGCCGACGGCAUCAUGCGUAUGGAAGACGUCCGCGGCGUGUACGAUGGCAGCUAUUUCUUCAAGGUGGCCGGCGAUCGUAGACAAAAGUACCUCGCUGGGCAGCUUUCGAUUGUUCUCUGA